UCAAAUAGUAAUAGAUAUAAGAUGAAGAGAGCUAUUGAGGAAGACGAGGAUGAGGUGUCUAUGGACGAGCAGGACACUCAGACACAACAGAUAAAGAAGAAGAAGAAGCAGGUCAAGAAGAAGACAAAGUCACAACCAAUCACAAAGGUGACUGGUCACUCAAAUGCUCAGACACUGCCAUCUAAGCCUCUGCAGUUGGUGCCAAAGCAAAAGGCACCACUGUCAAAGAUCAACUUUAUGGAGAUCGGUCAGACCAACGUCGCCAACUCGGACCAUCGCGCAGAGGCCGAUGGCGUCGUGGCAUGGAUGUUAGGCAACAUCUCGUUGGACGAGUUCUACGACGACUACUUUGGCGUCAAGCAUCUGGUCGUGAAGCGUGGCGACACAAACUACUACAAGGGCUUCUUUAGCAAGGACUCUAUCGACAAGAUGCUACGUGGCAACUGUCUCAAGUUCACUGAGAAUGUUGAUGUCACCAACUAUGUGGAUGGCGAGCGUCAGACUCUGAACCCAGACGGACGCGCCUAUCCGGCCACCGUUUGGAAGCACUACAAGGAGGGAUGCUCCGUCCGUUUGCUCAACCCACAGACGUUCAACAUCAAUGUAUGGCGUGCACUUGCCAGUCUCCAAACACACUUCCAAUGUGGAAUGGGUGCCAAUGUCUACCUCACACCAGCUGGUGCACAAGGAUUCGCCCCACACUACGAUGAUGUCGAUGUCUUCAUCCUGCAACUCGAGGGCAAGAAGAUCUGGAGACUUUACAAUCCAAGAUCAGAGCAAGAGACCCUACCAAAGAAGUCAAGUGAGAACUUUGAUCAAGACGAGAUUGGAGAACCAAUCGCAGAGGUCACUUUGGAGGCUGGAGAUAUGAUGUACUUCCCAAGAGGUAUCAUCCAUCAAGCUUAUAGUCCAAAGGAUGUUCACUCAUUGCACAUUACAAUCUCAACAUAUAUGAAUAAUACUUGGGGCGAUCUGAUUCAGAAGGUACUGACUCGUGCUCUUGACAUUGCCAAUGAGGAGUACGUAGAGUUCCGUGAGGGUCUGCCACGUGACUACACCAACUACCUGGGUGUGAUGCACUCGGACAAGGUUGGCGACGAGCGUCGAAAGGAGCUGCUGGACAAGGUUGGCCUGCUGUGGGAGCGACUUGGACAAUGUCUGCCCAUCGAUGUUGGUGCAGAUCUCAUGGCCGUCAAGUUCCUACACGACUCACUCCCCGCGGCACUCACCGCCAACGAGAAGAAACACUCAAUCGAAGACGAGUCGGCAGCGGCUGAGCUCAAAAUAGACUCAAGAGUGCGUCUGGUGCGUCAAGAUGCCAUCAGGAUCAUUCACGAGGACAUUGCAGUGUGCUAUCACAACAUGGACAACACUAGAGUCUACCACCAGGUUGGCGCUGAGCCCGGUGUCAUCGAGUUCACUCUUGACUGCGUGGACGCCAUCGAGCAUCUAAUCGAUUCAUACCCCGCGUACAUCUACGUGAGGGACUUGCCAGCCGAGGGUGACUCACAGAAGAAAGACAUUGUCAAUGCCCUGUACGAGAAGGGUUUGAUCAUGUUGGAU